UUUAUGUUGAUGAGAUGAGAUGAAAAGAUUUAUUCUCUUGAUACCGAAAAGUGAAGAUGUCCUCAAGACUUUACUAUUAGGCCCUAAUAGGCUUCUGACUGCAUGGACAGGUAGGCUACUCUUGACAUUCACAGACACUCAGCCAAUAGUGUGCGGGUCAUGUGACGUUUGUUUAUCCCAGUGAGGUCGCGACUAUCUUGUGGCUAAGGAACUGAUAAGUUUAAGUGCAAACUGCGAAGAAGACCGCGUAAAGUAUCCAGUUGCCACGUUGGCGUCUCUUAUUGUAUAUGCUGCAAUGUUGAAAGGUUUGGGCUCCUUAUUUGGUUUGCCUAGUUCAAAUGAAAAUGAAUUGGAAGAGAUUAAAGAUGACCAGAUGCCUGACAGCGACAAAGAUAUCCGACAGAAUGAGCUAAACGCAGACGAUGGCAAUAAGGAAGAAUCCAUUCAGCAGUUCAUCCAGCAACAAGAAGGCCUGAGUGGAUUCCUCCUCAGUUUAGCAAGCAAUGCCACCAAGAAGAUCUCUGACUCGGUGUCUGUAACAGCAGAGACCAUCUGGAGGAGUGUAGACCAGGGCAGCAUUGAUGGUAUCAUUGACAAGACUAUAAUAGGAGCUUUUUACAAAGAACACAAGAAGUUUUUACAUGACAAACACACAAAAACAGUAGAGGUAGCAGUACCUCCUUGGGAGGGCUUCAGUGAAGAAGAAACCAUUCAGCAACUAAUCCUUGCUCUAUCAUUGGACCGCAGGAACUUCCUAUGCGACCCCCUAGACGGGCUCCAGUUCCAUUUUGACUUUGAGGAGAUGUACCCUGUUGCUCUGGUGAUGCUAAAAGAAGAUGAACUACUGAGCCAGAUGCGUUUUGCUCUGGUCCCAAAACAUAUAAAGGAGGACAGAUUCUGGAGGAAUUACUUCUACCGAGUCUCCCUGAUCAAGCAGUCAGCUCAGCUACAGUCACUGGCAACAAAGGAACAAGCAAUGCACGAGAGAGAGAGUGAAGCGGAUGUGAUUGGUCCAGAAGAUGUACAUCUUGGAGAGAGGAUGUCUGCCACUUCUCAUAUUACAAUGACAACCCCAAAGACAAAUGAGGCCGAAGAUGAUAUCUCUGCCAGCCCAGGAGUGUCUGAGUUUGUGAGCGAUGCAUUUGAUACCUGCAGUUUUAAUCCUGAUGACCUUCGCAAGGAGAUGAGGCUUGCCCUACAGUGACAAGGUGGAAGAUUAAACUUCAGAGGGGAACAAGAACUUUGAGGAGCCUCAGAGACCGCAGAGAGACUGGGGAGCCCGACUUCCAUGUUCACAGCUUCCUACUUUGUCUGAGGGACCAUAAUGGCAUUCAGGGCAGUAUUUAAUGUGAGAUAUCUAUAUUCAGUUGUCAUUACGUAAUGAACAUCCUGCAUGGUUAAUGAAAAAGUUACAGUACCCCAAGAGGCCAUGAACAUGCAGACAAUACUUAAAAUGUGAACUAUAGUAUGACUAGUUGUACGAAAGCUUAUGAUGGGCAUGUUUCUUGCUUCUUUUGUGGGGUUUUUGUUCUAAUUUCUGAUUUGGUUGUAAAACACGCCGAGUUGAAUUUGAUGCCUAUUCUUUUUCCUUACCUUUCUUUCACAGUGAGAUUUUGAAGUGUCCAUUUUAAUAAAAAAGUGAUGCAAACAUAA